UGUAUGUUUCAUCAAAUUUUAUAUAAAUUCAACAUGUUAAGAGUACAAAAAUUAUAAUUGAGACGGAAAAAGUAACACAUAAUAGAGUGGGAAGACAAAAUCAAGCGCGACGAAAUUAUUGAGGACUAGAUUUUGAUCGGUAUGCCGUGGAAUCAUCAAAAUGUGAUGUUUUUGCGGAUCGGUUCUGCUCUAUUUUACGGCUUAUCCUCAUUUAUGAUUACGGUUGUAAAUAAGACAGUGUUGACAUCGUUUGAAUUUCCAUCGUUUCAAGUACUUGGCAUGGGACAAAUGUUAGCUACCAUUGUAUUAAUUUUCGUAGCAAAGACGUUACGCUACAUUGAAUUUCCUAACCUAGGAACGACAACGUGUGUCAAGAUGUGGCCAUUACCAAUCAUUUACAUUGGUAACAUGAUUUUUGGAUUAGGUGGUACCAAACAGCUCAGCCUUCCGAUGUUCACUGCCCUUAGGCGAUUUACUAUCCUUAUGACCAUGAUUGCCGAGUACUAUAUUCUCGGAGCAAAGGCGCGUGUCUCUGUUCAGUUGAGCGUAUACACGAUGAUUCUUGGGGCAGUGGUGGCGGCAUUAAAUGACCUUGCUUUUAAUUUGGAGGGCUAUCUCUUUAUCCUGUUGAAUGAUUUCUUCACGGCCGCCAACGGUGUCUACAUGAAGAAGAAAUUGGACUCGAAGGAAUUGGGGAAAUACGGAGUGAUGUACUAUAAUUCGUUAUUUAUGAUUGUCCCAGCGAUUAGUAUCGCCUACUGGAUGGAAGACGUGCAUCCUAUCUUACAAUUUCCACAUUGGGGCAAUGUUCUCUUCCUUGUGCUGUUUAGUUUCUCGUGCAUUAUGGGCUUUGUACUGACUUACAGCAUGAUGCUUUGUACACUUUAUAACUCUGCGUUGACUACUACAAUAAUCGGAUGUCUGAAAAAUAUCUGCGUUACGUAUCUCGGAAUGGUAAUCGGUGGUGAUUACGUUUUUACGUGGUUAAAUUUUAUAGGACUAAAUUUAAGUGUUGUCGGUAGUUUGGUUUAUACUUGGGUAACUUUUCGAAGGGAGGAAUCAAUUGAAGCCAAGUAUACUGCGCUUUCCGACGAACAAACGAAUAAAGUGCAAGCUGUAUCAAUGUAUAUACAGUCAAGUCGGGUAUCGGCCUGAUCUUGCCCUUUUACGAUACUCUUUCUUUUCUUCUCUUCCCUCCUCCCCCCUCCCCACUUUCUCUUUAUGUUUAUUUUUUUGCUAGCUAUUUCCUCACGUGUGUUUGCACGUGAAAUAGUUACGCUCUUGGGAACCGGAAGAGGAAGUGGAAUGGGAAUUGGAAAAGAAUAUAUGACAAAGUGUAAUAGUCAUAAAUAAAUAUAUCAUAUCGUACCAAAGCGAAAACUUCGUUACCGGAUAGAAGAUGAAUACGGUAUAGCGUAUCAACGACGUGAAAUACAACUUGUAUAGUUGUUUUAUGCAAUAAAACGAGGUUGUAAAAUCAGUCAAGUAUAAAAGUACAAAUAUUCCGAUUUUUGGAAUAGUGACUUAUGAUAUUCGAGAAAAACAAAGAGUUUGAAUGCCAAUCAGUGAUGUACGAUAGCAAUUUGAAACGGGUUCUUACAAUGCAGUGUGUUACUAAUAAUA